GGAUGAGGCCUCGAGGAACGACUGAGGACACUAUUGACUCCCCAUCUUGUAACUACCUAGGUAAUCGCAGGAAAACUAAAGCUGCUGGAGAUAUUAACCUACACGAAGCCGCAGACAAUGUUAAACUCAACAGAUUGCAGAUGAUAUUCACAAAGGCCAGUCUGGAGGGUUUGCCGGGUUUGACUCUGGAUGAGUUCAAGGUCGCAAUUCGGCAGACCUUGCACCAAGACCUCAGCGACUUCGACCUUGAUAUGAUGUUCAUGAAGAUGGACGCCAACUGUGAUGGCACCAUAGACUGGGAGGAGUACCUCACCUACAACCUCCUAGAAUACAAGGAGAAGAACCAGAUGAUGCAGAUGCUGAGAGAAAAGCCUUUUCCAAACGAUAUGAAGCAGAUUCACACAAGGCACCACGAAAUUAUAGUCCGGAUCUCCUUCUACCCCCACCUCACUAAGAGAAGCACCAAGGUCGACCUUACUAAUGGCAAGUAUGCUACCCUCAGUAGAGACGGGGUGUUGAGCUUCUGGACUAUUCAGAUGAACCAUGUACGGUCAAUCCCAGCAUUCAGCCCUUCUGACCGUAAAACACAGCCGUGGUAUGUCGACAUGGCGUGUCUCUAUAACAACAACAUGCUCGCUGUCGCCUCCACAGACAGGGAUAUUACCUUCUUUGAAAUGUCGACUAAGAAGCUGGUGAAGCGGUAUAUGAUCACGGGGCUGGAAGAUUGUGUGACGUGUUUAGAUUGCCGGGCGGACCUAAAGGAUAGGAAACACACUGUUCUGAUAUGGGGUGAUACGGCUGGCAAUCUUUAUUCGGUCAACUUUGAAAUUCAGAGAGGAGGUGCAAUGUUCGGUUCUCAGGACCAGAAGAAAGACACGGUCAAGAAAGUCAGUUUUGCCGAGCUGCUCAGAGGGUAUGUGCCAAACGUGAAAGCAUACAAGCUAAGCAAUGUUCACGAUGAUUGGGUGUGUAAGAUCCAGUAUGUGCCAGAGCUCAGCUGCGUCCUGUCAUGUUGUCAGUGUUCCAACACGGCCCUCUUUAUGGGAGACUUCGUCAAGAAGAAAUCGCCAGCCUAUUUUAAAGUGAUGAAAGGUGUCCUCUGCUUUGACUACUGUCCUACGCAUAAUAUCAUCGCAACAGGAGGCAUGGAUUAUAAUAUUCGCCUUUUUAACCCGUAUGUCGCCAACAGGGCGAUAGUCAUACUCAAGGGACAUCUCAAACCAGUCAUUCACACAGUCUUAAAUGGGAGAAAAAACAUGCUGAUCAGUAUCGAUAAGGGUAAAACAAUCAGAAUCUACGACCUGAAGGACCAUAUUUGUCUUCAGCAUAUCAGUGGUCGUAUGGUCAAGUUGGGGCCGUUCCCGAUCUCUGCCCUCACCUUCAACCGGAAGUUGCAGCAUCUAAUUCUUGCGACCAAUGAGUUAGCUCUGCUGGAACACAAGGACGAGGACGAGAAGAUUGCAGAGGUUAUAUCCCACACUAAACCGGUGGUGAAAGCACUGUACAACCCUACCUUCAACGUAAUGGUCAGCGCCUGUGAGGAGUCUGUGGUCAGCAUAUGGAAUAUCGACAAUGGAGAAAAGAUAAUGCAGUUCAUCAACGCUCACAGUUCAAUCGAAAAUGGCGUCGAAAUUCCUGUUGAAAUUACAGUUAUGACAUUUGACACGGGAGGCCGCCGUAUCAUUACCGGCGCGAGGGACGGCAGUGUCAAAGUAUGGAACUUUAAUAAUGGUGCCUGUCUCCAGAAAUUUCAAAUACCUGACGAAAGCGUUAUAACGGGGAUAGUAAGCUCCAAACACCGCAUCUACGUAGCCGGGUGGGAUAGGAAAGUUCACAUCUACGUGGAUGGUGGUGGUGAAGAGAGUCGGAAGACGUGGCAGACACGACACAAAGAAGACAUCCUCAAUAUUGCAUACCUCAGCCCUAACAUAAUAGCAACCAGUUCUUAUGAUGGCGACAUAGUCAUCUGGGCACGUGACACAGGGCACAUGUACAGUCGUCUCAACGCUCACCAUGGUGUACGACCAAUCAUGGAUACCUUUAAUAGGGACAACACGGAGGAGGCAGAGGAGGAACUAGAAAUGGACAUGUCAGAAACUCCUCAUCCCAGCCAGCCCUCCUCCAUGUCCACCCCAGCUGAUGGCAGGACCUCUUCCAGGAGAAGCAGUAGCAGCAGUCCGAGGAAGAGUCUCAGGUGGGGGUCACGGCUGGGGAGACUGAAGGAGGAAGAGGAUGGGUCAAACGAGAGCACCACGCCAAGUAAGAUGUCUUCAACCCAUUCGUGCGAACAUCCCCUUCUCCGUGCCUUGGACACUGAACAGAUCAACAGCCCGUCUGGGAAGUUUAAACCAAGGAGCAAGUUCAGCAGGGAUGAAUACGAAAAUAUCUGUCAAGCCUACGAGGCAGCGGUUGAGAAAAUAAUAUUUCUGAAUACACGUGAAGCUCUAGAGAAGAAGACGGCUGUUAUGGUAACAGCGGGUGCAGAGGGAUGGGUUCGAGCCUGGUCUCUUCAUCACCAAGGAGGACUUUUAGGGCAGUUCUAUGCAUCCCAUGUGGUAGGGGACAGCAUUUCUACUAUUGCCACUGAUGCCCAAAACAGAUAUCUGUUCACUGCAGACAUAUCAGGCUAUGUGAAAGUCUGGGACCUCAUUGGCUACUGCACAGACACAAACAUGUCGCAGAGAGAAGAGGCCAGACACUUAGACCGAUUGAAAGAAAAGUUCACUUUUCUAAGGGUUGAAAGUGCUUAUGGACAAAGCUUAUUCCAGAUUACGAGACAAGCGCGUAUAUUUAACACACGUCCUCCACCACUGCGCAGCAAACCCGAAAAGAGCGUGAAGACGCCACGCCUGCUCAACUCAUUCCGCGCUCAUGUGUGUCCAGUCAAUAGCAUCGACUUCAUAGAGGACCGUGAACUGAUAAUUACCGCCAGUGUGGAUUGUGCCAUCAGACUGUGGACCAUCUGUGGCAGAUACAUUGGAACAUUCGGCGAGAGGUGGAAGAAGCUACCGAGGACGAUCAUACCCGACAACAUCAAAAGGAACAUCCCUAAAGAGCUACGUCGAGCCGGCUCUGCUAAGACCCUCAGGGUCCUCAACGGAGGUGAAACGCCCCACUGGGAGCUCGCUAUGAAGAUAGUUCGGCAGAGGGGCAUGGAGCAGUUGAGGACCCAGUUCCCACACCUGCAGAGGCGGGACUACAAAGGUGGCCCCGAUACCGCUGAGCAGAAGAUGGUUGGCAGCAACAUAUUGGGCAAGUCUUACAAGAGGAAGGUCCGCCACAAACUGCCACCAGUAUUGCCCAAACUCAUCGAGACUCCGAGCACUAUUGCCGUGUAUCACUCCAUUCCAUUUGUUGAUUUGAGUCCCUUCGACCUUGUUCACCCUCCAGAGGUCAUUGAAGAAAUCAACAAACGCAGGCAGGUGGCCUCAAUCAGAUAUUCUGCCAAACAGAAAGGAGGCGUGAUCUCAACCUACAACAAGGUCAUCACUAAACCAGCGGUGGGCUUACCCAAACAGGGGCCACACAAUCGUCUGAAGAAAAUAAUCAGUUUGCAUAAACGUCAGAGAAGUCGGAGCGGAACUCCUGACACUGAGGACAUGCGCAGUACACUGACGAACUGUCCGAGUACAGUGACAUCACCAAGUCCAGACUCAAGGUCCAGUCAUGGGGUAAAGCUGGCGCAGAUUGACUGACAGACCUCGUUGGAUGUUUCCGGCGCACUAGAGAGUAAUGGAUGAAUAGCUGAUUUGGGUCCAUCGCGUUUGUUCAGAAACUUUCAUUUGAGAGAUUAGGUGCUUAGGCAGACAUACACAACGCAAUGUGAACUUGACAAUGGAAUAUUUUAGUAACACGUAUACCAUAAGAAAUAUAUACUACUCUUAACAAUAUGCAACUACUUGCACAUAUGGAAUCAUAAUCAUAAAUCGUGUCGUUAAGGAUAUAGAUAAAACGAACCGAUGUCAUUUUAUUACGCCAGAAUUUAGAUUUAGCGAGUUGAAUAUUUUCGUGUUAUAUUUAUUAUUGUAUUUUCGAUACGUUUAACCAGUUUUAGAUAAAUAUUAAAUGUGUAUAUGACCUUUUCACCUGUUCUCGUUUCGUAUUAGGACAACUGUGCCACAACUUGGUGCCCUGUAUUUUAUGAAGCUAUUGAAGUUUCAGGGUGGCCUAACACAACAAAUGUAUGUUGCUACUUCGUUCCUCUUCACUUUCUAAAACACAAACGCCAUUUGUGGCGGACGGAGGUAAAUAUCAUGUAAUGUACGUAUAAUCUGAUGGGUUGACAACCAUUCACGCUGCAAACUCGAGUUUGAAAACAAUGAAACGUUGGCCACAUGUUUGUGAGAAGAAAGUCAGAUUCUAUUUCUUGCUAGUGGUUUGUCAAACUUAAAGAACUAGUUUGCUGACUCUAGUCGCAGUUGCUCCCAAAAGCCGUAUGUUAGUAAAACCACCGACGUUCGUUUGAGCAUCAUGGUCUU